AUGAAGAAGAAGAGGCCAGAAUCAACUGCUCAACAAGGCCUGAUUGCAAUCCGGCUCUCUGCAGCGGCACCAGACUAUCCAUGGGUUCUGGAUACUGGCGCCUCGGAGCACAUUUGCAGUGAUGAGACUGCAUUUUCUACCAUGCAAGCCUAUCCCCAGGGGAAGGAAUACAGAUGGUGGACCUCCGGCAGUGAGAAAGGCAAGACAGAUGCUCACGGCAUUCUCAAUUUGGCCUUACACCUUGGUGACACUGAAAUUCAUACAGCUCAGGAAUCAGGUAUCAAAACAGCACCAGCUUGCUACCAGCUAAGCUUUCACUGUGUCAUCAAAAAGGCCGACCAGUACAAUCUCUUUUCUCUCGUGACCGCAUCUAAACAGCCGGGAGUCUGGUGGAAUAGCAGGGCUGGAGCUCUACAUGGCGCAUAUGACAGGCUCAUUGGCUAUUCCAGAAACUACCAACGUGCCCCCUUCUCACACCUCGCUUCCCCUACAUACCGUCUCGGCGCAGCAAUUAUCUCGACUGAAUUCGCUCACCGACGACUAGGCCAUGCAGGCAGUCAUGCUUCGAAUAUCAUGCAAGCAGAUCUUAAGGCGUGA